CCUCGACAAGAGACAAAUUAUUUCUGGCGGCAGCAGUUUCCAAGUGUUUUUAUAGCCAUUUGUCAUACAAAUCUAAAUGUCGAGCAAGUCAAACAAAUCGUAUCAAACGAAAUCGAAAAAACACUUCUGGUAUCAUUAGCAAUUAUUGCUGUUGCCACAGCUGAUGUUUCCCAUUUAACAAAUCGUUAUUUGCCACCAAAUCAUCAGCAUCAUCAGCAGCAACACCAGCCCCGCCACCAAAGACCUUCAAACGAACGUGUCGAAACGACCAUCGAACAACAUGAAGUCAUUGAAUUGCCGACACAAAUUGAAAUUGUCAAGGAUGGCCAACCUAUCUAUGGCAUCCAAUCGAUGCCCAGUCGCAUUGAAACAGCGCCUGAAGUGAGGAGCCGUUAUUUGCCUCCUCCACCCCCACCACAAGAAAUUGAAAAUCUCCAGCCACCACCCAGCACAGUCGAGACACGGGAACAAGAAGUGCCAUAUGAAAUGCCCAUGAGAACAUAUUUGCCACCCGUCGAAACAACUACGGCUCCAGAGACAACCACCACCACAGAUGUGCCUACAACAACAACAGAAAUGAUGUCCACUACAACAACUGACAUGACCCCUGACACCACCACCACCACCUUUACCACUGAGGACACAACUACAACGGAACAGAUGAGUACAAUGGCCAUGUCCACCACCACGGAGCAAGAGAAUUUCGAAAGCACCACCACCAACACAGAGGCAGCUGAAACUACAGCCAUGCCAAGCAAUCCUUAUUUGCCGCCCACUGCAAUGCCCAAGAAUCACUAUCUGCCACCUCAAAUGCCCCAGAACCACUAUCUACCUCCCCCUGAGAACAAAUAUCUUCCUCCCUCACAAACUCCCGAAAAGCAGUAUCUGCCACCCACAAAUCACUACCUUCCACCUGGUAUGCCUGAAAACCAAUACCUGCCACCCACUGGCGAACCAGAAAAACAAUAUCUUCCUCCCGUUGCCGUGCCUCAGUCACAAUUUUUGCCACCUGAAGUUCCCGAGAAUCACUAUCUCCCCCCGGCCAAUGCUGUGCCCGAAAACCAAUAUUUUCCACCCAUGGAUGUAAUGAUGCCCCCAGCCGAGGCCAUGCCCCAGCCCAGCUAUCAGGAGUACCAGGAACAAUUGUUGCGCGAACAACAGCAACAACAGGCCUAUCGCGAGGAACAGAUGUCCGACAUGAUUGAUGCCAUCGCCCAAAUGGAAGAGCAAAAUAUGAUUGCUUUCGAUGAGGCGAAUCAAGAUGACCAGCAACAACAGCCACAGCCACAAAUGCAACCUGUGGCCCCCGUCGAGCCCGGCCAUGUUCUAAGGGAAGAUGGUUAUCAUUACAAAACAGGCGAUGAUAAUUUGAGACGUUUCCGUUAUCGUCAUUGA